AAUAAGACAGAUAAUUGUAGAGCAAAUUGACAAGUACAGGGGGCCUCUACAGUGAUUAUUAUCGGCAAUAUUUAUUUACUUCUAAUCGAAUUAGGUACUGUUUGAUCGUGGAUUGAGAAAUACCAUUUUUGAGACACAGAUACACCUGUUUAAAUUAGUCAAGUGCUUAUUAUAAAUAUUGCGUCAUACGUAUCCUUCAUAUUUUUUGUGUGGAAAAAAAAUAAGUGUGAUUACAUAGUAUUGAAUUAUCUAACGAUCUCAACAAUUGCGUGCUGCGAAAAUGAUACCAGAUAACGUGACACUGAUUGUGAAGGCUCCUAACCAGCAAAUUGAGGAUCAAAACAUCGAAUGUGAGACAUCCUGGACUGUGAGGCAGCUAAAAGGUCAUUUAUCGGAAGUUUAUCCAAGUAAACCGAAAACAGAUGAACAGAAAAUAAUCUACUCUGGCCAGUUGUUAGACGACAAUUCAGUGCUGAAAGACGUGCUCAGGAGCUAUGACUGUCCGAUCCCACACACUAUGCAUCUAGUCUGUACGCCCAAGAACAAAAUGGACAUACCAGAACCUAAAACAGACGGUCUGCGGAAUAGAAACGUGCCAGAACAAACUAGACCAGCGGAAGCUGCUCGACCGGAGAUGCGACAAAAUGACCAGAACCACACGGUCGAAAUGCAAAAUUAUUUGAGUUCGUUCGUUAAUAAUUACGGCAGGGUCCCCCCGUACCCGAAUUAUAAUUUCAAUGAACGAUACUUGCCAAUGCAGCAGGCGUACUUGCAGUAUAUGCAGCAGUAUGCUAAUUUAUGGCAAGCGCACGCGCCCCCCCCACAACCAGCCGCACCUCCACAACCGCCACAACCGGUCGCACGUGUGGAGGAGGAGGGCCGUGAUUGGCUGGACCAUUUGUAUGCGGCAUCACGAAUGGCUGUGCUCGUGUCGUUGUUGUAUUUGUAUGGGAGCCCGGCGAGGCUGUUGUUAGUGGUUAUCGUGGUGGCAGCGGGCUAUUUGCACCAAAUCGGUUUCUUCCGUGAGCUCCUGGUGAAUCCGAACGCACCACAAAACGAUAGAAACCGUGCGCAGAACAGAGCACAACCGAACCAACCCCAACCCCAAGAAACCCCGCAAACAACACCGCCAACCCCGCAAGAGAACCCUCAACAACCCCCAGAAGACGAACAGUCACUACUAGCUGUCACUUGGACGAUAUUCACGACGUUCUUCGCGUCUCUCAUACCAGAGGCUAAUUGAGAAAUAAAGAAAAUUAUGUGUCAUUUAUGGUUAUUGUGACGUCAUAGUACUACUUUUUUUUUAUAAAUCGAAAUCGUAUCGUUCCAUAUUCUAACUUUACAAGGUGCCUUGUAUAGUCGGUUUAUAGAAGGUAAAAAGACCAAUUAUAAGCGUUGUGAUUCUGUCAUACAAAUUUGAAUCUUAUUGAGAAAGAUUCAUGUAUUAAUCUCGUAUGGCAACGAAAAUAAUGUUCCAUUUUUAAAAUACACCAUAGAUAAUGGAAAUAAAUUGUAUUUCCCAAAACUGAAAAGUUUGCUAUGAUGUUACAGUAGCAUAGAAAUGUUUUAAAUUAUUUGCCUAGCACCAGUGAUAUUAUAGAAGCUAUAUAUGGUUAUAUCUCCAUUGUUAAUUUGGUUUGGGAUUUUUCAAUGUUGGUUUUUGUUACACUAAAUUAAUAUACGGAAAUUAUUAACUUUGUGAAUGUUAAUAUCGUUUUAAUGUGUCGCUUUUAACGAUUUUUGGAUAAAUUUUAAUGUAAAUCUUAAACCAAAUAUUAAUUGUAAAUAAUAUUUUAGUUUUAGUAUAUAGAGUUAAACGAUGUGUUUCCAAAAACGUCGGAAAUGUAUAUUUUAGUAUAAUUAUGGAAUACUAGGAAACCGGGCGAAUCCGUUUCGCCACCAGAGACACCGUUUCUUUGCUAUAAACCUCACGGAGCCCGAGACCUUUCCAACGAAUGCAAAACCGUGGAAAUCGGUUCGUGCGUUCUGGAGUUAUAGCGUCAGGAAGGAAAACCCGACUUAUUUUUUUAAAGUAGAUAUUUAAUUAAGGGGCUUAUUCGUAUCACUGUCACCUACAUAGGUGAAAAAUAAAACAUGGAAUUUAAAAAAAACGUUUACACAUUGUUGAUUGGAAAUCGAAAACUUAUUUUAAAUUAUAGUUAACAUAAACGUUAUUUUAAACAUAUAAAUAGAUAUUUAUGUGAUUACUGUAAUGUAUACAGGGUGUUAUCGUUAAGUGUGCACAGGU